AUGGAAUUGAAAUCUUCAGAAAGUUGGGUUUUGAUGGGAAUAAUACUGGUUUUAUCAGUUAUUUUAUGGUUCUCGAAAAAAUACAGGCUAAAAGAGAAGAAAAAUGAGAUUCCAAGAGGGAGUUCAGGCUGGCCUUUUAUAGGGGAAACUCUUGAAUUCAUAGCAUGUGGUUACACCUCCAGACCUGUCAGUUUCAUGGACAAACGCAAGUCUCUAUAUGGAAAUGUAUUCAAGACGCACAUUCUCGGGAAGGCUAUUAUAGUAUCGACUGACCCAGACGUAAACAAGGCAGUGUUACAGAACCAUGGCAAUGUUUUCAUACCUUGUUAUCCCAAAUCAAUUUGUGAACUGCUUGGAAAAUCUUCUAUACUGCAAGUGAAUGGAAAUGUACACAAAAGGGUGCAUGCACUCAUAGGAGUUUUCUUGAAAUCAACACAGCUUAAGGAUCGGAUCACCAGAGAUAUCGAGAAAACUGUCCGACUCUCCUUGUCAAGUUGGAUGGACAAAAGCCGCCUUGUUUACCUUCAAGAUGAAACCAAAAGGAUUACAUUUGAGAUACUGGUGAGAGUGUUACUGAGCAUUGGUCCAGGUGAAGAAAUGGACUUCCUAAAGGGGGAAUUCGAAGAAUUUAUCAAAGGAUUAAUUUGUUUGCCAAUUAAACUCCCUGGCACGAGACUGUAUAAAUCUCUGCAGUCUAAGGAAAAGUUGCUAAAGAUGGUGAGAAGAAUCGUAGAGGAGAGGAAAAUGGCUAUGGAGAAAACAGAAGAGAAGGGGUUGCCAAAUGAUGUAAUUGACGUACUACUACGCGAUGCGGGGGAAUCAGAUGGAAUGCAUCGGCUCCCACUGGAUUUUAUCAGUGGAAACAUCAUAGAGAUGAUGAUCCCAGGAGAAGAGACUGUCCCCACGGCCAUGACUAUAGCAGUUAAAUUACUAACAGACAACCCAACAGCCCUAGCCCAAUUGGUGGAGGAGAACAUGGAACUAAGGAGACGGAAAGAUCCUGCCUGCGAAAAAUAUGCCUGGACGGAUUAUAUGUCCUUGACAUUCACUCAAAAUGUGAUCAAUGAAACUUUAAGACUGGCAAACAUCAUCAAUGCAGUGUGGAGGAAAGCUCUCAAAGAUGUCAAAAUUAAAGACUACUUGAUACCAGAAGGGUGGUGCGUCUUGGCGUCCUUCAGUUCUGUACACAUGGAUGACAUAAAUUACAAAAACCCUUAUGAAUUUGAUCCUUGGAGAUGGGACAAAACAGGCGCCGCUGUCAGUAGCAAUGCAUUUACACCGUUUGGUGGAGGACAAAGGCUAUGUCCCGGGGUAGAACUUUCACGACUUGAAAUCUCAAUUUUUCUUCACCAUCUUGUUACAACGUACAGAUGGGUGGCCGAGAAGGACGAAAUAGUCUAUUUCCCAACAGUGAGAAUGAAGAGGAAGCUGCCUAUCACAAUUGCGCCCCUACAGCAAUAA